ACUUCGCAGACUUCCAUACUUACAUCAUGGAGUCUCACGCCGGCCCUUCUCCUGAGUUUUCUUUCGCGGUGGUGCCGCAAGGCAAGGGCAAGACAUUGCUGCAUAAGCCCACGGCGAUUACCUCUGUAGUGCUGUGCGAGAGCAACACUAGGAGAGGAUCUAGGAGCCGUAAGGCCGCGCGGCCAGCUCCUUUUGCAAGCUGCACAAUGAGCCUCAACGCCAACGCUGCGCCCUCUGGCCCCGCCAAGGUGCCGCUGUUCAUGUUGGCGUCGGCUGCGGAGACGUCUGCCUCCGCCCCGCCGCCUGGCACGCCCAUGUGGCGCCUUGCGGCGGCCAACCUGGCGGCUGGCGCCACCGCCGGCUGCGCCGUGGAGCUGGCUCUCUACCCCAUCGACACCAUCAAGACGCGCCUGCAGGCGAUGAUUGGCGGCGGCGGCCUGAAGGCACUGCUGCAGUCGGGCGGUGGCAAGGGGCUGUACGCGGGCGUGUGGGGCAACCUGGCGGGAGUGGCGCCCGCCUCGGCUAUCUUCAUGGCCUUCUACGAGCCCACCAAGCAGGCCGUGCAGGCUGAGGUGUCUGCUGACAAGCAGUACCUGGGCCCGGUGGUGGCGGGUAUGGUGGCGGGCACCGCCUCCUCGCUCAUCCGUGUGCCCACCGAGGUGGUCAAGCAGCGGCUGCAGACCGGCGAGUUCAAGGGGGCCAUCACCGCGAUCCGCACCAUCCUGGGUCGCGAGGGCCUCCGCGGCAUGUACGCCGGCUACGGCGCCUUCAUGCUGCGCGACCUGCCCUUUGACGCCAUCGAGUUCGUGGCGUACGAGCAGAUCAAGAAGGCGUACGGCGCCAGUGUGGGCCGCGAGCUCAACCCCGGCGAGACGUCGCUCAUCGGCGCCUUCGCGGGCGGCUUCACGGGCGUCAUCACCACGCCUCUGGAUGUGCUCAAGACGCGGCUGAUGACGCAGGGCGCCAGCGGCCGCUACAAGAACCUGUUCGACGCCACCGUCACCAUCGCACGCACCGAGGGCAUGGGAGCCUUCAUGUCGGGCUGGCAGCCGCGCCUGAUCUGGAUCUCGUUGGGAGGCUUUGUGUUCUUCCCCGUGCUGGAGGCAGCCAAGAAGUUCUAUGCGCCGAAGUAGAAGGCGCUAAGGGCUAAGGGCUAAGGCUUGGAAGGCGUUCGCGGGAUGAAAGUUUGUGAAACGCAUGGAGAGCGUGUGCGUGUGAUUGUUUCGACGUCUGCUGUGAACGAAGUGAGUGGCUUGGUGGAAGGCAGGUGUUUUCUGUGGGAAGGGGCGCUCGGACUCGGAGGCCGUUUGAUGCGGCUUGAUUUUGCGGCGUGCGGCUUGUGUGCGCUAGGGCGCGGGUUAUGGGGAUUUCUCGAUGCGGCAUGGAUGUUGCUUGACCAUGACUCUAUGAGACAGGACUGGACUGAAAUUCGACACGUGUGUUCGAGUGUUUGUUUGUGGCUUUGGCGUAGUACGGCCGAGCCUGGCUUGGUAAUGACCGGCCGGAUGCACCGGAGACGAGUUUGGGGUGUGUGUCUGUGGGGGGUGCUGGGCGCAGCGGAGAAGAACACCUGGGGAGGGGGUGCGGGGACAUUGCUAUCUGCAACAGUGCCACGUUGCCGGGUGCGCCCGGGUGCGUACACCAAAUCAGUAAAUGCCCAAGGCCCCGGUUUGCCGCGGUCACGGCACAUGUACAACUACAUA